AUGCCCGGUUCUGUCGAACGUGCAGAGCAAGCCAUCCCGCUGUACAACAUCUUGUGGGCCGAAAUAUCCAACGAUACCAUUACCGUCGACUACGUCCUCAUCCCUCCCAAGGGCCCCGUGAGACUCCAGAAGCUGUCCCACGCCCUCGCCCCGCCCGAUACAAACCCCAACGAACCCGACGCCGAGAAGUUUGUCGCGACCGUCCUGGAGCGAGCCUAUGGCGAAGUGAGGCACCACCGACGGGCCUACGUGCUUAUCAACCCAAACUCAGGCCCCGGCGGUGCUGUGAAGAAGUGGGAGAUGGAGGCGAAGCCGCUGCUCCAGGCUGCGCAUUUCGAUCUGGAUGUCGUGACGCUGACGCGGGGCGGGGAGGCUACGGACCUCGUCGAGAAGAUGGAUAUCGACCGGUACGAUACCGUCAUGGCCUGCUCGGGAGACGGGACGCCCCACGAGAUCAUCAACGGGCUGGCCAAGAGGCCCGAUGCGGGAGUGGCAUUGAGCAAGGUUGCGGUCAGCCACAUCCCGUGUGGCUCGGGUAAUGCCAUGGCACUCAACCUCUACGGGUCGAACCGUGUUGGGGUUGUUGCUUUGGCGAUCAUCAAGGGAGUGACGAGUCCGAUGGACUUGGUGUCGGUCACCCAGGGACCGCGGCGGACGCUCUCCUUCCUGUCGCAGUCGCUUGGUAUGGUGGCCGAGACGGACCUGGGCACGGAGCACAUGCGGUGGAUGGGCAGCACGAGAUUCGAGGUUGGAGUUCUUCAGCGCAUCUUCCAGAAGACGUCCUACCCGUGCGAUCUCGCUGUCAAGGUCGAAGUCGAAGGGAAAGACGCCAUCAAGUCGUACUACAAGAGGAAGAUGAAGGAUAUCUCGGAUACCUCCUCGGAAUUGACCCGAACUACCGAGGUGGGAGACAUCGGGCUGCCCGAGUUAAAGUAUGGAACAGUUGAGGACAAGCUCCCUGAAGACUGGGAGCUGGUUAGCCAUGACAACAUCUCCAAUGUCUAUUGCGGUAACAUGCAAUUUAUGUCCCCCGGCGCCAACUUUUUCCCUGCCGCGCUUCCUGCCGAUGGCUGCAUGGAUCUGAUCACAAUCCCCAGCGACAUCUCGUGGUACACAGGAAUCCAGACCUUCCUUUCAAUCGAGUCUGGCGGCUUCUUCGACUCGCCUCAUGUAAACUACCGCAAGAUCUCCGGGUUCCGCGUCACCCCCCGCGACCAAGAGGACGGAUACAUCAGCAUUGACGGCGAGAGGGUGCCGUUCGAGCCCUUCCAGGCCGAGAUCCACCAGGGGCUGGGGAGAGUGAUUGCCAAGAGGCCAGGAGGGUACGAAGCACCUGGGCCUCGGGGCUGGGAGAAUGUCGACGACAAAUGA